AGCACACUGGACACUGUUGUGACGGCGGAACGCAGUCUCCGGGUGAACGGCAGCCGUGACAGCAUCGAAACAGUUAAUGGUAGUUAGCGACAGUUGCUCUGACAAACCCUUGGAGGAGUAACAAGUGUUUACUGUUUGGAAGUUUACUUUACCGUAGCGAGAGUUGUUUUUUAAUAGGCAAAACUUUCUUUAGAGAUUUCGGUUCAAUUUGGAAUAAGUAUAUUUUGUUCGAAUUAAUUCUUUUAACGAACUUUUUGACGCUCCUCAUCGAGGCCACGAAGACCGUUCAAAAUGUGCUAAAAGCGGCAGCCAUUACAGAAGCACGACCAGGAUGACAGAGCCAGCGGAGCAGCAGAGCCAUCACCUGAAAACUUCAGGCAGCCCAUCAGGUGGGAGCAGCGGAGACGCUUUGGAGCAUCUCCCAGCCAGCAACCGUGGAGGACCGGAGAACGGCGACAGGGGGCGACAGAGAGAACUGAAGCAGCAGCAGCGGCGGCAGCGGGCGGAGAACUGUGGGGAUAUCAACACAGACAAGUUAUGGCAAAUGAAAGGCGGACAGAGGGGGGUGUGCCCAGCCUUAGCAGGCGGAAACGAGCUCCAGAAGUGCCAGAUCGCAACUCAGCCUCACCAGAAAUUCGAUGGAGAAGGUAAUCGCACCUCGCAGGGGAAAAACGGAGAGGAGAGACGGCGGCAGGAGGCUUUAAACCAGGUACAAGACGAGCACAUCGACUCCGACACGGGCUUGGAUGCGCGUCUGGGCAAGAAGCGGCACAGGCGCAGGACCACCAAGAAGAGACGCAACUGGAAGCCGUACAACAAACUUUCCUGGGAGGAGAAGAAAGCCCUGGAGGAGAGGGAGACGGCCAGGGCUUCGCGGAUGAGGGAGGAGAUGUUCGCCAAAGGGCUCCCAGUUGCCCCCUACAACACCACCCAGUUCCUGAUGGACGAGCACGACCGAGAGGAGCCGGACCUCAACACCGAGACCGGGGUCAGGCGGCCCCUGGGCGGCAUGGAGGACACCGGCAGCGAGGAGGACUUCUUCGACAACGAGGAGGAGGACGACGACGACGGCAGCGGAGGAGGCAGCGACGGCAUCGGGAGGCCCGGGAACGCAGGUGGGGAGUUUCUCCAGAGGGACUUUUCCGAGACCUACGAGAUGUAUCACGUCGAGAGCCUGCAGAAUAUGACCAAGCAGGAACUGGUGAAAGAGUACCUGGAGCUGGAGAAGUGCAUGUCCCGGCUGGAGGAGGAGAACAACCGGCUGAGGCGCGCCGUGGAGCCCGGAUCUGUGGAGAGGUCCGAGGUCCGGGUCCGAGAUCUGGAGAGGGAGGUGGAGAGACUGAGAGCCGAAAACACGGAGCUGCUUCUGCAGAACCAGCCCAGCAAGGACAGGGGGCAGGUCCAGGCCACAAAUUAAAGGACACAAGUCAAAAGCGUUUGAAAAAAGGUAAAAACAUAAAUAUGGGACUACUGCAUUUUUUAAUAAAUUGUCAUCAGUUUUCUGUAAUCAGUCUGUCAUUUGGACAAUGAAGUCCUUGCAUCACGAUGCAAUAUACUUGAUUCUUUUCUAUUUGGACUGUAAGGUGUCCUGUUCAUUUUUUUUUUCAAGACGAAAUGUAAAUAUUUCAAAAUUUGAGAUUCUUUUUAUAAAGAGAAGGUAUUUAACAGCACCAGAAUAUUUUGUUUGUUCCCUGGUCGGUUCCAUUUUCAAUUUAAAAAAAAGAUUAAAUCAAACAUUGUGUGUUGCAUUUCUGCCCCCAUCAGAAACUGGAUAAGAAAUUACAGCUAAAUCAGGCCAACUUGCAAAUACUGUUUUUGCAGAAGUCAACUCUGGAGUGAACAUUUUAACAAUUGUGUGUUAACAUUAGUUCAAAUAAAGUUUUGAAAUUCUUGAUUAAACCUGUCAUGUGUUGUGAAGUCUGCUCCAAAAAACACGGGGAGCUGUUAAUAAAAAGCUGCAGUGAGGAA